GGGAACCUCUAUGUUGAAGAAGGAACAGGAAGGCAGUUAGGAAGCUGUGCCCCACUCCAAGCCAUAUAGGAGUGGAGCCUGAGGUAGUUCAGGCCAGCAGGGAUGGAGGGGAGGACCCAGAACUAAGGGCAUUUCUGAUGGGGAGAGCACCAGGCUGUGGUACCCAGGUGGUUGUGGGAGCAUGAGGGAGAGAGAGGGUUCUCAACUGGCUGAUUAGACUGACUGGCUUCUAGCUUAAAGGGCUGAGGGGACCAACUCAGAGGUUGGUAACCCAGGAGGUGCAGCAGCUUUAAGGGUAGGUAAGAAGGGUUCAGUUUUAAACAGGAUGAGUUUAAAGAGCUGGUGAGUCAUCUGGAUUGGGAUGUCCAAUAGGCAAUUGAUCAUUUUAGUCUGGAUCAGGGUGAGGGAUGGGGACCAUGGGAAUGUGGAGUUGAAAGUAAUACCACAGAACUGGCAGCUGAUAAUGUGGGAAAUGAACCAGCUACCUAAGGAGAGUGCAUGAAUUACACAAAGAAGUGCAAGAACCAGCUGGGCAUGGUGGCUCACGCCUGUAAUCCCAGCACGUUGGGAGACCAAUGCGGCAGGAUUGCUUGAACCCAGGAGUUCAAGAGUGAGACCCUGUCUAAUAAAAAAGAAGAAGAAGAAGAAGCAGCUGCUCAAGAACCACAGGACUGCGGAAAAUCCUACAGACCAGAGUCUUGUUAGGUGUGCCUCAAUCCUGAAGCAAGUCCCUAGGUCUGUAAUUCUCUGUAUUUAGAGACUGGUACAGGAAAUCCAGGAAGGAGCCAAGAGAGAAUGAAGUUCCAUAGGAAGCUUAAGUGUCCUGAGACCCUCAGAGAACUCAGCCCAGGGGUUAGGGGCUUGUGGCAAGGUGCAACAGGUGCUCCAGUCCCCAGCUCACUCGGCCACACACACCAUGUGUGAAGAGGAGACCACUGCGCUUGUGUGUGACAAUGGCUCUGGCCUGUGCAAGGCAGGCUUCGCAGGAGAUGAUGCCCCCCGGGCUGUCUUCCCCUCUAUCGUGGGCCGCCCUCGCCACCAGGGUGUGAUGGUGGGAAUGGGCCAGAAAGACAGCUACGUGGGGGAUGAGGCUCAGAGCAAGAGAGGGAUCCUAACUCUCAAAUACCCCAUUGAACACGGCAUCAUCACCAACUGGGAUGACAUGGAGAAGAUCUGGCACCACUCCUUCUACAAUGAGCUGCGUGUAGCACCUGAAGAGCACCCUACCCUGCUCACAGAGGCUCCCCUAAAUCCCAAGGCCAACAGGGAGAAGAUGACCCAGAUCAUGUUUGAAACCUUCAAUGUCCCUGCCAUGUAUGUUGCCAUUCAAGCUGUGCUCUCCCUCUAUGCCUCCGGCCGCACGACAGGCAUCGUCCUGGAUUCAGGGGAUGGUGUCACCCACAAUGUCCCCAUCUAUGAAGGCUAUGCCCUGCCCCAUGCCAUCAUGCGCCUGGACCUGGCUGGCCGCGACCUCACGGACUACCUCAUGAAGAUCCUCACAGAGAGAGGCUAUUCCUUUGUGACCACAGCUGAGAGAGAAAUUGUGCGAGACAUCAAGGAGAAGCUGUGCUAUGUGGCCCUGGAUUUUGAGAAUGAGAUGGCCACAGCAGCUUCCUCUUCCUCCCUGGAGAAGAGCUAUGAGCUGCCAGAUGGGCAGGUUAUCACUAUUGGCAAUGAGCGUUUCCGCUGCCCUGAGACCCUCUUUCAGCCUUCCUUCAUUGGCAUGGAGUCGGCUGGAAUUCAUGAGACAACCUACAAUUCCAUCAUGAAGUGUGACAUUGACAUCCGUAAGGACUUAUAUGCCAACAAUGUCCUCUCUGGGGGCACCACCAUGUACCCUGGCAUUGCUGACAGGAUGCAAAAGGAGAUCACAGCCCUGGCCCCCAGUACCAUGAAGAUCAAGAUCAUUGCUCCCCCAGAGCGGAAGUACUCAGUCUGGAUCGGGGGCUCUAUCCUGGCCUCUCUCUCCACCUUCCAGCAGAUGUGGAUCAGCAAGCCGGAGUAUGAUGAGGCAGGGCCCUCCAUUGUCCACAGGAAGUGCUUCUAAAGUCAGAACAGGUUCUCCAAGGAUCCCCUUGAGACUACUCUGUUACCAGUCAUGAAACAUUAAAACCUACAAGCCUUA